CCGUCCUCCCUCCUCCGCUCCCUCCGCCCCUCCCCUGGCGGCCGCGCCGCCUGGAGCCCGGGAAGCCUUGGCGCGGCUGCUCAUAGCCCGCAGCUCGGGGACUAGCGCCGAGGCGGGGGCCGCGGGAGCUCGGAGACCACGGCCCGGGGAGAGGCGGAGGGGGCCCGGCCUGGGCGGAGAGAGCCGCGUGUGCGAGUGUUGGCGUGAGAGCCAGGGCUGCACCCGUGCUCGGCGCGGACCGCGCCAGCCCCAGCUCCGCAGCCCGGGAGCCUCCCUGCCUGUGCCCCAAGGCGCGCGCGACACAGCCAUGAACACCAACGAUGCCAAGGAGUAUCUGGCCCGCAGGGAAAUCCCUCAGCUUUUCGAGAGCCUUUUGAAUGGACUCAUGUGUUCUAAGCCGGAAGACCCAGUAGAGUACUUGGAAAGUUGUUUACAGAAAGUAAAGGAACUAGGUGGCUGUGACAAGGUGAAAUGGGAUACCUUUGUCAGCCAGGAGAAGAAGACCUUACCUCCUCUAAACGGAGGACAGCCACGGAGAUCCUUUCUAAGAAAUGUAAUGCCUGAAAAUUCAAACUUUCCAUAUCGGCGGUAUGAUCGGCUCCCUCCAAUCCAUCAAUUCUCCAUAGAAAGUGACACGGAUCUUUCUGAGACUGCAGAGUUAAUUGAGGAGUAUGAGGUUUUUGAUCCUACUAGACCUCGACCAAAAAUCAUUCUUGUCAUAGGUGGUCCAGGAAGUGGAAAGGGUACUCAAAGUUUGAAAAUCGCAGAACGUUAUGGAUUCCAAUACAUUUCCGUGGGAGAAUUAUUAAGAAAGAAGAUCCAUAGUACCAGCAGCAAUAGGAAAUGGAGUCUUAUUGCCAAGAUAAUUACAAAUGGAGAAUUGGCCCCACAGGAAACAACAAUUACAGAGAUAAAACAAAAAUUGAUGCAAAUACCUGACGAAGAGGGCAUUGUUAUUGAUGGCUUUCCAAGAGAUGUUGCCCAGGCUCUAUCUUUUGAGGACCAAAUCUGUACUCCUGACUUGGUGGUGUUCCUGGCUUGCGCUAAUCAGAGGCUCAAAGAAAGAUUACUGAAGCGCGCGGAACAGCAGGGGAGGCCAGACGACAAUCUGAAAGCCACCCAAAGGAGACUAAUGAACUUCAAGCAGAAUGCUGCUCCGUUGGUUAAAUACUUCCAGGAAAAGGGGCUGAUCAUGACAUUUGAUGCCGACCGAGAUGAGGACGAGGUGUUCUAUGACAUCAGUGUGGCGGUUGACAACAAGUUAUUUCCAAACAAAGAGGCUACAGCAGGUUCAGGUGACCUUGAUCCUUCAAUGAUGUUGGACACAGGAGAGAUCAUUGAUACAGGAUCUGAUUAUGAAGAUCAGGGUGAUGACCAGUUAAAUGUAUUUGGAGAGGAUACCAUGGGAGGCUUCGUGGAAGAUUUGAGGAGGUGUAAAAUUAUUUUCAUGAUUGGUGGCCCUGGCUCUGGCAAAGGCACACAGUGUGAGAAGCUGGUGGAAAAAUAUGGAUUUACACAUCUCUCGACUGGUGAGCUCCUGCGUAAUGAGCUGGCAUCGGAAUCUGAAAGAAGCAAAUUGAUCAGAGACAUCAUGGAACGUGGAGACCUGGUACCCUCAGGCAUCGUUCUGGAGCUCCUGAAGGAGGCCAUGGUGGCCAGGCUCAGCAGCACCAAGGGCUUCCUGAUUGACGGCUAUCCUCGGGAAGUGAGGCAAGGGGAAGAAUUCGGACGCAAGAUCGGACACCCACACCUGGUGAUCUGCAUGGACUGCUCGGCAGACACCAUGACCAACCGCCUUCUGCAAAGGAGCCAGGGCAGCCCGCACACGGACGACACGACCAAGACCAUCGCCAAGCGCCUGGAAGCCUACUACCGCGCGUCCAUCCCGGUGAUCACCUACUAUGAGACGAAAACACAGCUGCAGAAGAUAAAUGCAGAGGGAACACCAGAGGAAGUUUUUCUUCAACUCUGCACAGCUAUUGACUCUAUUUUCUGAAGGCGAAGAUGCACGUUCAUUAAGGAGAGUGGAGGGAAAAACAUUAAAAGGUUCAUCCCUUAACACAAUAUGUUUCAAGUUAAACCUUUUGUGUCCUCCUAAAUCCUGACAUAACUAUUGCUUCCCAGCUAGAUCCGUGUGAGAGGUGUCUGGAAAUCACGCAUGGUGUAUUUGUGGUUAUUAACCUUUUCUUCACACUUGUGAGAGCUGUCUGCACACGCAGAUUGCACUUUUCUAUCAUGCGGGUUGCACCUCAGAGCUAGUCGGUAUGUGAACAGCAGUGCAGUGCCAGCCUGUGUCACUUGUGUCCCCAGGCCUUGCUGGAGUCUGAACGCUUGGUUCUGCUCUCAUCAAGCAUCCCCAACGCCACACCACAUCUUCCUUCCUCUCCUCAAGAUGUGCGUGCUGCUCCCUGCUGAAAGCCCUUACCAUGGGGGCAGGCGUUAGGCAUCUUCUCUGGUGGCUGGCUGUUUGCUCAGCUCUCAUCCACUAGUGGCUCAGAGCCAGAGAGUGGGUUGAUUGGACAAUGUCACAUACACCAUGUAGAGGCAUCAAGCAAGUAAAAUUUGACAGAAAUCUUAAAAAUGUGAAAUUGAAUAGCUUUUUUGAGACAACAGAACCUAGGUCAUCAGCAAUGUUUAUUUUUAGGAAACUGGCUCCUUUGGAAUACUGUCAGAAUGGCUAAGGGAACAAAUUUGAUAAUUGUAUAACCAGUCUCUUCUCUACAUGGCAGUACGUUUCAGUAAUCAUAAAUUAAUCAAGAUCAAAAGUAAUUUGAAAGCAUGAGAUAAUUUAUUAAUUGGGCAAGUAUCAACUUAGAAUUUUGAUUUUAAAUGAUCACCCAUUUACUUAUUGCUAAGCAAGUAAAAAAUACAGCAACAAUAACAAAACUGAUGUGGGUGGGAGGCGCAUGUCAGAAAGUGGUGUUUAGCAGAUUUCUAUGUUGUAUUUGUUUCAUAUGGGCCUUUUCCAGGGGUUUGCAAACCUUAUCACACCCAUAUGUAAAAUUGUGUUUACCUGCAUCAAACCAGUGAAAUUUGGGUUCUCUUUUGUGCUAUCAGUUGUCAAAUCAGAGCUUCUUAUAUAUUCUAUUGGAAUAACUGCAUCUUCCACUUGGUUACUACAAAAGACCAGAGUUUGUUUGCAUGCUCUUUUUUUCUUCAUUGGUUGUGCAGAUAAGGAUCCAUUUCUGGGACAGAAUUGUAUUUUUAAAAUCAUUUUUUUCUUGAAAUGGCUAUGUACAAAUAAAAUAAAUGAAAGACAGGA